CGCUAGUAUAGAGCUUGGGCUUGAGUUAUAGUUAACAAGAGGACAACACCCGUUGGCUCUUAAAUAUGUAGAGAACUGGGCAUUGCUAGUUGGAAAUAUGUCAGUUUCCGGAAGGAAAUUUGUAAUUCAAGGGUCUGUAUUGCGCUAGACCCAAUUAAAUAACUUUCCCAUCCCGCGUCCCGUCCACGGAUAGCUCCCUCCUUGAGACUCCGUUGCGGCGAAUCAUCUAGUUCAUAGAAGACAGAUUAGACCGACGCGGGACAAAGACUCCUCUCUGAUCUAUCGGUCUUUCUUUUUAGCGGCGGUGUCUCUCUAUCUUAAUCCACUUAAUUCUUUGAUUUAUUAUACCCGAACACACCUUUACAAGCGAUGGAGGAGACAAUCACAUCGGCCGUUGCACUUCCCGAGCAGGAAGAAAGCUCAGAUAGCAGGCCAAAGCGCCGCCAGUCCCCAGCGGACGACAAUGAGAGCAAACGUCGCCGGCUGAGCGCAGACAACGAACAUCUCGAACCCAAGGAGAACCAAACAUCCUCCCCGAUAGCCACAUCUAAAAGCAUCAGUAAUGCCACAGACCAGAGGGAUGCCCGACGGAAGAGUGGCGUAGCGGAGGAGCGCAAGCGUGGUCAAAGAUUGUUUGGCGCGCUGCUGGGUACACUCUCACAGAGCUCAUCUACAGCAGCACAGAAACGACGCGCCGAUAUCGAGAAGAAACAACAGGCAAAACUCCGUAUGCAGGAGGAAGAGUACAAUAGACUGACACGGAAGAAGCAAGAAGAUCUCUUGGCGAUGCGAAAGAAGCAACAGAGAACUUAUGAUGCGCAGUCGAUGCGUCUCCGACACUCGAACCAGCUAGCCAUGGCUCAUUUCCUCAAAACAACAACUGAACCAGUUCUUUACUAUAAGCCAUGGGAACUUCGACCUGAGGAAGAAGCCAGGAUUGAGCAGCAAAUCGAAGAUUGCAAAGCGGCCAUCGCGAGGGAAGUCGAGGAGUUUGAAGCCAAAAAUCCACCAUCGCCCUCCGAUCCUGUACCGGAGCAAGGUGACAACCAAAGAACCGUUACAGAUUCAAUAAGCUCAGCCGUGCUUCCAGGGAAUAAUACGCUUUCUGAUACUCAGGACACAGUACAUUUAAAAUCCGACACGGUGGGUGCUGACAAUAAUAGUAAUAACAACCCUCCUGAACUUGACCAUAAACCUAAGCCAACCACAACUACUAAAUCUGAAUCUCCAAGACACAUCCCUACUCUUACUGCCCCAACUACCUCUGACCAUCCUACUGUUUCUGAUGCUACUAACGAACCUUCAUCCCCUACUAAAACUCACAACGACCACCCAUCCACUGCUAGCGUUAGCCACCAUCAGAAGUCAACUGAAGAUGAUUCGGGAGAAGUCAUGCUGGAAGACAAGGAGGAUACUGUUAUAUAUUAGACUAAAUUUGCUUCAACCUUCUCGGGCAGCAUAUGCGUUCAAUUUCCUCAAUUUUUGGUCAUAUAUACCCCACGGAGCACCCCUCUUCGACACUUGUCCUCCAAAGGUUCAAGCAACACCACCUUCCACCCCAAUACCCUCUGUUCGUUCUCCUUUACUCCACCUUCCGGCAAACUUUCCACGUUACCCUGUAAAUCGAUCAAGCAACUUCGCCUUCUCGCUUGCACCCCCUUAUUCCCAUCGGUCACCUUUUUCCUGCAUUUCUUUUUUUUUGGCGCGCCUACUUAUCAUUUCCAGUCAUUCGACCCGCAGUGCAGCUUGUGAGCGUCCUUUAUUUUUUUCCCUUCCUACCUAUUUCAUAUCCACCAUAUAUAUGUGUUUGUGGGCAUCUUAUUAGUUGCGAAUGGUUUGUCGGGUAAGCUCUAUCUGUCUGGUGUGAUGGAAAUCAAAGACCAAGAACAUGGGAGCGGGAUAAUGAAAUGUUGAGCGAAUUUAUUUGAUUGCCCUUUGCCCACUUCUUUCAUUCUUUCUUUCCUUGAAUCACGGGCUUGAAAUAAUGAUUGAUUUCUAAAUUGUCAUACAUUAUUAUUCAUGGGUGUUCUAUACAUUCGAUCCUAAUAUGCUUUCCAUGUGAUGCUGUUGGAUACCCUCACGAGGGUGUUUCAUAGCACGGCAAUUCCCCCGUCCAGCCUUCAGACAUCAUAUGCUGGGGAAAGAUGUGUCAAAAAACAAGAUGUCGGUGGAGGGGACGAGCCG